GCGAGAGGAAGACGAGGAGGAGGUCGUCAAUGGCGGAGACGGUGGUCGUCUUCGACUUCGAUAAGACGCUCAUCAACUGCGACAGUGAUGACUGGGUGAUCAGAGAGUUCGGCUUAGCGGAGCUCUUCAAGCAGCUCAUGUUCACCAUGCCCUGGAACUCUCUUAUAGAUAGGAUGAUGAAUGAGCUCCAUUCUCAAGGGAAGACCGUGGAAGCCAUUGCCGAUUGCCUCAAGAGAGCUCCUUUGGAUCCUCAUGUUGUCAAUGCCAUCAAAUUCGCGUUUGAUCUUGGGUGUGAUAUGAGGGUUAUCAGUGAUGCCAACAUCUUCUUCAUUGAGACCAUUCUCAAGCACCAUGGGAUUAUUGGGUGCUUCUCUGAGAUCAAUUCAAAUCCUUUCCUUGUUGAUGAAAAUGGGAGGCUUAGGAUCUUGCCUUACCAUGAUUUUACUACCUCUCCUCAUGGUUGCAGUCUCUGUCCUCCAAAUAUGUGCAAGGGAAAAGUCAUUGAGCGGAUUCGAGCAUCAGUAUCUGGGAAGAGGAAGCAGUUCAUCUAUAUAGGUGAUGGUAUGGGAGACUACUGCCCUUCCCUCAAACUUACUGAAGGAGACCAUGUGAUGCCGAGGAAAAACUACCCUCUAUGGAAGCGCAUCAAUGACAAUGCUCAGCUCAUUAAGGCUGCAAUCCACGAAUGGAGCAAUGGCGAAGAGCUUGAGAAAACUCUCCUUCAUCUAGUUCAUGGUUCAAUGCCUGCUAAAUAGCUCAACAAUUCAGGGCCUCCAAUGAAUCACAGGUCCUUCCUGUUUCUCAUUAACCAUUGUUACAUUAUUGUGAUUUAGAUGCUUUAGUAUUAAGUAUCAUACUGAAUGAAUGUUUCUCAAUGCCUGUAUGCUGUGAAAGAUGAUGUCUAUUUAAUUUGCAAUGCAAAUAAAAUCUAGUUAUUUGGUGUUUA